GAAAUUAAAAUACACACAUGCUUUUGCAGUUUUAAUAUCGCUGGACAGAACGCUUCCGUUUCCAAAGGAGUUCGGUUUGGAAUUUCCCGAGAGGUUCAGUGUAACCGCCUUGUUUAUGAAGUUCGUGAAAAGUGUGCUGGAACUGUGCCGUAUUUACGGCUGCUUUCAGUGAGUUUUCGUUUUCGCACCAAGUACGCCACAAUUUGUAUUGUACGAGGUCGAACGUAUUUAACAACCUCGCAACAACAAUCAAAACGGAUAAAGCAGGUCUGUCAUUUCAGCCGUGUCCUCGCCACGAACAGCAUCCCGAUAUCCUGGUUUCCACCUCCUUUCGAGGCUGUACACUUCAUUUAGCUCCGCGGCAAAACGGAAUUGCCCGAGCUUCAAUUGUAAACACAAAGUAACCGUAAAUAUUUUUAAACCAACUCUCCAAUUUACGCAUUAAAUAAUACCACCAUUUGGUAUUAUACCUAAUCGAGAAAUACACAUAAUGAGUGCAAAUAAACGCGCGAAACUAAUAACUUUAAUUCAAAAAACCUGAAAGAAGUGCUAUUUUGAAAAAUGUAAAAACCGAUUAGCCAAGAAAAAAGUAAAACUAAUUAAUCGAGCUACAUACAACUGUCAAAAUCGGAAAAGACUUCUGUGAAAAGGGGGAAUACAAAAAAAAAAUACUAAACCCAGUGCAGAGUGUAAAAUGCCAAAAACUUUUGUGCGCCUCAACGUACAAAAAUUGUAAGACGCGAAACGGGAAAGGAAUUUGUGUUGAAUUGUUUUGUGCCCGAUUCUGGUGCGAAAAUUAAAAUAUAAUAGGGACUACGAUCGAAAAUCUUAAUGAUCCCUUUGACGAUGGCCACCGCGGAGGCCAAGCAGCUCCAGCGCGAGUUGUCCAUCUCGGUGUCGCCUGGAAAUGGAAAUGGAAACGUAAAUGUAAAUGGAGGAGCAACAGCCAUCUCCGGCGGAAACUCAAACAGCCUGCUGACCCUGACGCCGCGCAAGGAAGAGCUGCGCUUCCUGCCCCUCGCAUCCAUGGGAUCGGCGAACAAAACCAGCAACAUCACCAUCAGCAAUGUGCAACCGUUGAAAUCCAAACUGACGGCAGUCAACAUUGUGCCCAAUUCCCUAAAGACCACGGCAGGAUCUGCAGCUGGUGGCGCUGGAUCUGCUCCCCUCUUCCAACUGCUGCCAUCUACUAGCAAUUCCAACCAGCCACUCGUGGCCAUUUUGGCCAACAAUCGGAAGGCCACGCUUCUCGGAGGAGGUGCAUCCAAUCCCCAGCCAGUGAUCAUACGUUCCGGGACACCUUUGAGCAAGAACAGCCUGACCAUCCACAGCAAUGGCAUGGCCACCAUGACGCCAGUAGCAGCUGCCGGAGGAUUGGGAGGAGGAGGAGGAGCAGGUGGACCGGGUGGACCGGGUGGAGCUGCCCUAACGCUACUGAACAAAACAGAGCUUCCACAGAAAUUGCAAGCGGCACCUGUCCAAAUUCCAAGCACGGGUCCGGCGCAAAUCUCCUUGCUGGCUAAUCCCCUCAAGCCACGUGCUCCACUCAUACUCAGCAAGGUGGCGGUGGACAAGUUGCGUCUGAAGUUCAACCAGGUCAAGGCCAAUCCGAAUUCUUUGGUUCUGCACAAGGCGAAUCAUGUGAAGAAGCUGGGAAUGCCCUUGGCCAAGAGCAGUGGCGAGGAUAAGGAAAGGACCUCAGAGCUUAACAACCAUAACAUCAACAACAACAACAAUAAUAAUAUUAAUAAUAGCCAACAAGUCAAGGCAGUUAUUCCGGCUAAGGCCAUGUCUGUAGUCGCGGAGGAGCUACCCACCAAUAACGGCCAGAGCCUGAUUAAGGCUAAAAUACCACUCGCAAAGCCACUGCCGCUGCCCAGCCAGGAUAAACCCAUUGUGACGGCAGAAUCAAAAGCCACAGAGCAUGAGAUGGCCAAGCCCACGCCAAAGCCCACGCCAAAGCCCACGCCCAAACCGCUGGAGGUUACGCCAACUGAGCCAGCUAAGGAGCCCACGGAACCACCAGCCAAACUGCUGGAGCCGGUGCCAAAAGAAACCACUUCGCCCAAGGGAUCACCCAAGCUGCAUCGCUCCAAAUCCUUUGUGGCCAUCCAGCCGACAUCACCCUUAUUAAGCAACGAGCGACGCCACUCGGUGGCCAUUAUGGCCAAGGAGGUGGAUGUAAUCGAGCAGCCCAGUGCUCCCAUCGAGACCAUCACCAUAGAAGAUGACGACGAGAGCGAGGAGGAGAAGGAGGAGGAGAAGCAUCCAGAGGAGAAGCCCAAGAAAAAAGAGAUUGUGAUGCCCAUUCUGCCCGCUGGGAUAACCAUUUCCGCUACCAGCAGAUCAGCAGCCAAAUCGAAACCCGUGCGUAAGGACUCCUCCGUGACGACCAUCUCCUCCUGUGCCAGCGGCAGCUCAUCCAACAGCGAUGUGGAGGAGAUCUGUGCGCCAACCACGAACAAAAUGGAGGAGCAACUGAGUCUGCCGCCUGGCAUAAGCAUUAUCAAGGCGGAAUCCCUGCCGCUGUCCAAGGAGGACUUUGAGCGCUCGCUGCGCUGCGAGGAGCAGGUGCCCACUACUCCGCCCAAGUCCUCCUCCACCUCCUACUCUUCUGCGGGCUCAAGUGCCUCGGACACGGCCCCGUCGCCGUCCAAAUCGACCGAAACGAUGCGUCCAUCUCUGAAGAAUGGCAAGAAACCCUAUGACCAUGAUGUGGUGGCCUCGCCCGGCAGCAAGGCCGCUGGCCUGAAGAAGAGCAUGAUGCAGAACCUGUCCAUGCUGAAGUGGCGUGGCCAGCAGCCGGCCAACCUGCAGAACUCCACCAUGCGGUUCGAGCUGAACCACUUUAACCUGCUGCAACUCAACGAGCGCUGCGAGCCGCGCCAAGGUCCGGCGGCCUACUUCGAGCGGGCCCUGUUUGAUCGUCCUGGCCGGAGGCCCUCGGGCAGCAUCCAUCCGCUGCUGUAUCUGUGCCAGCGCUGCAACUGCCACGGUCCCGCCGCCGACUUCCUGGCACCACAUUACUGCUCCGUGUGCUGUGUGCGUCGCGCCCAGAAGCGUCGCCUGCCGCAGAGCUCGCAGAAGGAUAGCAAGAUGAGCCGUACCCAAGCGGAGCCGGCAGCUGGGGCGCCAUUAGAUCCACCAGAGAAACCACAGGCCAACGCAAGCGAGAAGUCGCAAUCGAAAUCCCUGGCCGCCAUACAAGAACAACUGCUGCAGCAGCGACCCAAGCAGAAGGCCCGAAAGCCAUUCCGCUGGAGCGAGUACCUCAAGGCCAAGGGCAAGGAUGUGGCGGCGCCCAUCCACCUGUUCCUCAACCCGUUCCCCAUCAGCCCCAACUGCUUCGAGCGCGGCAUGAAGCUGGAGGCCAUCGACCCGGAGAACUGCUCCCUGUUCUGUGUGUGCAGCAUUGCCGAGGUGCGUGGCUACCGGCUGAAGCUCACCUUCGACGGCUACUCCUCCAUGUACGACUUCUGGUUGAAUGCCGACUCGCAGGACAUCUUUCCGCCGGGCUGGUGCGACGAGACGGCCCGGGUGCUGCAGGCGCCCAAGGACUACAGCUCGGAGCGCUUCAGCUGGAGCCGCUAUCUGGUGAAGACGGGCGGCAAGGCGGCCCCGCGGUCGCUCUUUGCGCACUUGAACAUGCGCACGCAGGCGGGGGUGCGCAACGGAUUCGCCGUGGGCAUGCAUCUCGAGGCGGAGGACCUCAACGACACGGGCAAGCUGUGCGUGGCCACGGUGACGGACAUCCUGGACGAGCGCAUUCGCGUGCACUUCGACGGCUGGGACGACUGCUACGACCUGUGGGUGCACGUCAGCUCGCCGUACAUCCAUCCGUGCGGCUGGCACGAGGGUCGCCAGCAGCUGAUCGUUCCGCCCGACUUCCAGAAGUCGGAGUUCAACUGGCCGGACUACAUAUCAAAGGUGGGCGGAACGGCCGCCUCGAAGGAGCUGUUCACGCCACGCCAGCCCAUGGAGUACCAGCCACGCAUGAAGCUCGAGGUGGUGGACCAGCGCAAUCCCAGCCUCAUACGCCCGGCCACGGUGGUCACGCGCAAGGGCUACCGCGUCCAACUGCACCUGGACUGCUGGCCCACGGAGUACUACUUCUGGCUGGAGGACGACAGUCCGGAUCUGCAUCCCAUCGGCUGGUGUGAGGCCACCUCGCACGAGCUGGAGACGCCGCCCGGCUAUCUGCAGACCAAGUCCCUGAUGCCGUGCGACGUGGAGGGCUGUCGCGGCUAUGGCAAUGCCAAGCGCUUCAAUCUCAAUGUGCACGCUCUGCGAGAUUGCUGCCCGUAUGCGCCGGAGAACUGGCGCCAGUGGCGCUCCAAGACGGUCAAACCGCCCCGCGUGGCGCCCGACAAGAUCCGGCGGGGCUGGGCGAAGAAACCAAAGCGAGCCAGUUCGGAGGCCAAGCAGGCCGUCAAGGAUGAGGCCGCCGCCCAGCCGGAGAAGGCCGAAAUUAAGGUGGAGGCCAAGCGCAAGACGCCGCCGCGUCAGGGAAAGGUUGUGAAAGAACAGAAGCAGGAGGCGAAGGCGGAGGCGGAUCAGACGACACUCGAUCACCGCUGCCUGGACAUAGCCAAGUCCUAUGUGAAGGAGUACGGGCCACAGUUCCUGCAAAACUACCGCCUCUGGCAGCAGAACAGCGCCUUCGACUUGGACCAGGUGCGCAGCAACCCGCUGCACUGGACCAACUGGGAUGUGUACGAGUGCAUAGAGCGCGCCCUGGACUCCGCGGACAUUGCCAAGGCGAUCUUCGAGCAGGACAUCGAUGGCAGGGCGCUGCUGAUGCUGGGGCGCCACGAGUUGGACAAGUACCUGAAGCUCAAGGUGGGCCCGGCCGUGAAGCUCUACUCGCUGAUCGUCAACCUGCGCAUCGCGGUGGUCUGCAAGUUCGAGACCAGCACCACCGGGCUGGACAUCAACGCCGAUGCAGCGGCUCAGCCAGCAGCUGUGCCCGCCAAGACGGCGGAGCUGGAGCUGCCCCAGAGCAACGGACACCGGAUGGAGCACGACCUGGAGAUCUCCGACAGCGGGGACGAGGAGGACGUGAUCCUGGACAGCGACGACUUUCUCAGCGUCAAGCCGAGCAGUUUGGUGAUUGACGAAGACGCCGAUGGCGAUGCCGAUGGCGAUGCUGAUGGCGAUGUGGUCAUGGUGCCGCUGGAAAAGCGCAUGCCCAUUACCACGGCAUCCUAGGAUUGCAGGCAGACCGCAUCAUCCGUUGAUUGAUUUGUAAGAUUAUUUUGUUGCACUGGCCUCGGCCCUGUCGGGUAUUAAUAUUAUGUUAUAGUAUUUAUUGUAUAAGCCGAUCCGAUCCGAAUGCGACUUUGUUUGUUUUGCCCCAGCGCCCCCUUUUUUCCCCACUCUCCAAUAAAUGAUCCCUCUAGA